AUGUCCAAGAUUUUUAGACAGCAUAGCAGUGUGGCCUGCUUCUACUGCCAGACGGCGAUCACGCCUUUUCCCCAUAAUCCCCGGUCCUUCCGCUGCCCCAAUUGCGACUGCUGGAAUCGCUAUGGCAAUGACGGAGAAAUCAUCUCAGAAGAACCUGCGAUGCAUGACGAGAAAAUGAAUACGCGUUCCUUCGCCAGGCGAGGAUCCCCGAGAAAAGACCGCUUGCCUAGCAUAUACGGAAGCGUGUUGUUCUGCCACACCUGCCAGACAAAUCAGAUGCUCCUUGCUCAACUCCUAUCAAACUACCUUCCUCCACAAGAUGACCCAGAAUAUGCGGAGCGCAGUGAAACUUAUGACGAAUACCGCCGUUCUGUCGAGGUGCGGUAUCCACCCGUGUGUGCCGAGUGUGCGCCCGCUGUAGAGGAGGAGAUCCGGCGGCGUGAUCAAAUGGCGCGCACGCAGGCUCUAGGUGGAUUCCUUCACGCGACGAAACGAACAACCCUGCAGGCACCCGAGUCGCAGAAAGAUAAGGACCGCCUCCAGCGAGAGAUCGCCGCGUGGAAAAUAAGGGGUUGUCUCUGGCUCGGAAGCCUUGCAUGUGCGCUAGGAGGAUAUGUUGCAGUGGUCUCAAGACAGGGUGUACUGCGAUUACCUGGCAGUUUUCGGCUGGUUAUACCCGUCAUCACCCCCUGUUCCAUCUUGUGGACAGUGUGGGAUCCGACAUACGCGUCGUUACGACGCGAGCAGUUUCAAGGACGGGCAGUGCGCCAACGCGGCAAAAGAGUAUACGUCGUUUUACAGAUGAUGGCAUGGCUUUCAAGACUAUGUACUUCAGUAUUCAUCGCAUUGUCUUUGUAUAGGCCUGAAUGGGACCGUGUACAACUCUGGGACGACCCGCAAUCGACGGAGGCCCGGAUGUAUUGUUCUAUCUCCAUAGUACUUGAAUUAUUCGUUCUCGUAACGUCGCAUUUCACUCUUCAACUCCAGCAUCCACCUAAAAUACGUCUCAUGGACGGUUCAGAAGAUAGAUACCAGUUCAUGUCUCCCACAUCUUCACAGCCCUCUACUCGCAGCACCACGCCAGCAGUAGCUAUAGAGCCCGACCUCCUAAACGGCCUGUCACUGUCUUCCAAUGGAGUGAUGCGCACCACGACUCCCAAGCCAAAACCCAUUUUCGGCGUUGCAUCAUUUCCCGCAGGCCCAUCACAAUCGCCAAGCCGGUCACAUCCUGCAGGCCCGUCAUCCACCACACCAUCCUCUCCCCUCAGGCACGCCCCACCCAACGAUUCCGACAUGGAAAUCGCAGACGACGAAUUCCCAUCUGCAAGCGACGACCCGGACGCGAUGGACUGGUCGCCCAUCCGCCCGACCCAGCACCCGCCGAGAUCGGACAAGAAGCCUGUCCGGCUCACAAUUCCGGACGACGGCGUCUGGUUGCGGCCACAACGCUUUUUCGCGCCCGAGGAGCCAACGGGGCUAGAGAACCUAUUCGCCAAGACGAUAAAGCUGGCAGAUGACGAGCAGCAGUGCCGCGGGGGCGCUAGCGGGGUGCGGAGACAAGCGGGACGUCGAUGCUGGCCAGCGUGGUGGGCGCUAAUCGGUAUGCUGCCGCUGCUUCCACUCGCUGGGUUUGUAUGGUAUAGCAGGUGGAAGGGGGUAUCAUGA